CCCAUCCUUAGUGGCUGAUCUGCGGAGCAAGGCUCGCUCCUUUGGCUUUGAGAUUGGCUGAGAGGAGGUCUUCCGAUGACGCACUUCCGUUACUUGCUGCUGUGGACUGUGGCUGUCGGGGUCGGUGAAGGAUUCCAAGAUGGCUGGGCGAAAACUUGCUCUAAAAGCUAUUGACUGGGUAGCUUUUGGAGAGAUCAUACCCCAAAAUCAAAAGGCUAUUGCUAAUUCCCUGAAAUCUUGGAAUGAGACCCUCACCUCCAGGUUGGCUACUCUACCUGAGAAUCCACCAGCUAUUGACUGGGCUUACUACAAGGCCAAUGUGGCCAAGGCAGGCUUGGUGGAUGACUUUGAGAAGAAGUUUACUGCCCUGAAGAUUCCUGUACCAGAGGAUAAAUACACUGCCCUAGUGGAUGCUGAAGAAAAAGAAGAUGUGAAAAGUUGUGCUGAGUUUGUGUCUCUCUCGAAGGACAGGAUUGUGGAAUAUGAGAAACAGCUGGAGAAAAUGAGGAACAUGAUUCCAUUUGAGCAGAUGACCAUUGAGGAUUUGAAUGAAGCCUUCCCAGAAACCACAUUAGACAAGAAGAAAUAUCCCUAUUGGCCUCACCAGCCAAUUGAGAAUUUAUAAAAUAGAGUCUGGGACAAAGUUCUGGCCCUAUGUUACACAAUGCGGACAGUAAAAAUAAAAAU